AUGGAUUUAUUAAAAGAUCUCAACAAUCCGGAACUUACAGCAAGAUUUCAACAGUUUUGUGGAGUGCAUUAUUCGAGGUUCGAGAGUAGGUGUGGCAAUGGGGACACUACAGUUCGUUCGGGCGGAACAUUCAAACACGUUGAUUUGUCAGCUUGCUCAGCUAAGCAGACGACAUCCGAUAAUAAUAAUGCAAUUUGUGGCGGACUGCAGAAAAGAACGCAAGACAAAGUGUCAAACGACGAAGAUGAAUGGGAAAAAUCUAGUGACCCUCCUGUGACAGACAUUUCGAAAUACACCAUAAAACACAGAUUACUGCUUCAUUUUUUUACGAUAGCAUCUUCUCUUGGAAACGAGGCUUUUUAUUUGAUGUUUUAUCCAUGUUGUAUGUGGAAUUGUGAUUCGCUGUUAAUUCGCCAAACUGCUCUCGUUUGGUGUUUGUGCAUGUGGCUGGGUCAAGGCAUCAAAGAUUAUCUGAUGUGGCCCCGACCCUCUGCCCCACCUGUGGUACGUCUGGAGACCUACUAUUUACAAGAGUUUGCGAUGCCGUCCACUCACGCCAUGUCCGCUACAGCCAUACCUGUCGUCUUGGCUAUCCUCAUUAUCUCCCGGUACCAGGUGUAUAUCCCUGCGCUGAUUGUGGCAGCCGUGUUGUGGUGUAGCAUGGUCAGUCUCAGUCGCCUCUACCUCGGAGUUCACUCAGUACUGGAUAUUCUGGUUGGAAUAGUCCUAUCUUUGGCAGUAAUUGCCCUGACGAUACCAUAUGUUGGUGACUUUGACUGGUACCAGCAGACCCAUCCCUUUGCUCCGUUGGUCAUCUUCAUAAGCAGCCUUGCCAUGUGUACAGUGUUCUACCCCAGCAGCAAGACAGGAGAUGAAUAUACAUACAACACACGUGGUGAUGCAGUACAAAUCGUCGCUGUGCUCGCUGGUGUUGGCCUGGGUGCUUGGACAAAUCUUCAUUUAGGUUUUACAAAUGUUAUUGACAAUAAUGCAGAUUUGCCUUAUGAAUUGGAAUUACCAACCUUAAAGGUUAUUGCGAUGUCUGUAAUGCGUUUCUUCGUUGGAACAGUCAUUCUGUUCUCCAUGCAAUUCUUGAUGAAGAUUCCUCUGGUGAGGAUUUUUUCCUAUAUUCAAGGUCUAGAGAAACCAGAUAAAAAACACCCACAAGUUGAGGUUGGGUACAAAUUUGUUAUGUUUUAUUGUUUGGGAAUGGCUAUCUCUUUUAUAAUUCCAUUUGUCCACUGUAUGUUUGGUUUGGAUAGACCUGCAUUUUACACAGAGGUUUUGUGA